ACCCUUUGAAGUGUGAGUACCAUGGGAGGGAGUCCGAUGGUAGAUGUGGUCACGGCCAUGAUGGUUAUAACUACGAUGGUAGCUGUAGUGCCCUUCACCUGCCGGGCCAUAAUUAACGACCACCACCCGCUCGCUCCGGUGGUUCUGGUUCCUGGAGCCGGUGGCAACCAGCUGGAAGCCCGAUUAACGGCAGAGUAUAAGGCUACAAGUUGGCUGUGCAACCGAUUCUACCCCAUUAAGAAGGAGGAGGGAGGGUGGUUCCGGCUGUGGUUUGACAUUGGCGUGCUAUUAGCACCAUUCACCGAGUGUUUUGCUGACCGCAUGACUCUUUACUACAACCCGGAAUUGGAUGAUUACAAAAAUGCCCCUGGAGUUGAGACGAGGGUUUCCGAGUUUGGUUCCACACAAUCCCUUCUCUACCUCGAUCCUUAUCUCAAAUACAUAACGACUUACAUGGCACCAUUGGUUAAGUCUUUACAAAACCUUGGCUACACUGAUGGCCAAACGUUAUUCGGAGCUCCUUAUGAUUUUCGUUAUGGCCUAGCGGCGGAUGGACAUCCUUCUAACGUAGGUUCCACUUACCUUCAAAACUUAAAGAAUUUGAUCGAAAAAGCAAGUGAUUCAAACAACGGAAACCCCAUAAUUAUCAUCUCUCACAGCCUCGGAGGCCUGUUUGUCCUGCAAUUACUCAAUCGUAACCCACCCAUGUGGCGCCAACGGUACAUCAAACAUUUUAUAGCAUUAUCCGCACCAUGGGGGGGAACAGUUGACGAGAUGCUCACUUUUGCAUCUGGGAAUGCACUAGGGGUGCCUCUAGUGAACCCGUUGCUCGUCAGAAAUGAGCAACGGAGUUCCGAGAGCAAUUUAUGGCUCAUGCCACGAAAAAAACAGUUUCCUCCAGAGAAACCACUAGUUGUGACACGAAAUUCGACUUACUCUUCAUAUGAAAUAUCAAGAUUUCUUGAAGAUAUUGGGUUUCCAGAAGGGGUGCAGCCUUAUGAGACGCGAAUCUUACCGUUAGUCGAGAAGUUGGUGGCACCGGGAGUUCCAAUAACUUGUAUUAUAGGAAGUGGUGUGCAAACGCCCGAAAGUUUGUACUAUAGAGACGAAGGCUUUGAUAAGCAGCCGGAAAUUAUUUACGGAGAUGGGGAUGGGACUGUGAAUAUGGCGAGUUUGUUGGCCUUGGAAGACGAGUGGAAGGACGAAGAGUUUCAGAGGUUGAAGGUGGUUAAACUUGAUGGGAUUUCUCAUACAAACAUUCUCAAAGAUGAAGAAGCAGUUGCUAAGAUAACUAAGGAAGUAUUUGCUAUCAGUUCCUCCAUGUUUACAUCUAUUAUCUCGAGUUAGUAAUUGAGAAAAAUGAUAUAUCUAUUUGUGUAAAGAAAGAACAUUCUUUAUUUCUUGAAUUGUGGUUGAGUUUUGUGUC